GAUAUUCUGACUUAAUUCUUUCAUUUGUUUUUCUUUCUCCUCACUUCUUCCACAUACAUUUUCUAAGUGUGAGCGUAAACUAAUCUCUUCAAACCAUAGUCCACUAUAAAUCUUCGUGUAAGCAAUUCAGCGAUUCCUUCUCAUUACACAUGUGCAUCCACAGAUUGUCAUGCAAGCUCAGAGCCUGACACCAGUGUUAUAACUCUCCAGAGUAGAUAUAUAGUACUAAGUCCUAUAAUCAAAGUAUUUCACACAUACACAGUUUUUCCUUUGUUGAAUCACAACAGUAAUUUGUCGUAGAAGCCAACCAGCUAACCAGCUACUGGCUAAACUGCCAGCUUCAGUUGUAAUGAAGAAAGAUUGUAAGAAAGUAACAGGUAUCUGACUGAAGCGAGGAAGCUUCCACUGUUGAGGUGAUACAAGUGGGUUGAGUUUGUGUUUAACCACCUGGUCAACAUCUUUCUCUGGCUGUUGCCACUGCUGCUACUGUUGUUGCUGCUGCUGCUGCUGCUGCUGCUGCUGCCAGUGUCACUGCUGCUGUCAUAGUAGUUGUUGCCACAGCUGUUCCUUCUGCUUCCACUGCUACUGCUGCAACUCAUCUUUUGCUUAUUAUCAGUGUGGUUGCCACCACCAAUGUUUCUAUAACUGUAGCUGUCACCACUACUUCAAUAACAUCACUGCUUUGUCUCAGUCAAAAAAAAAAAAAACAAAAAAAAGAAAGAAAGAAAAAGAAAAGAAAAAACCCUAGCACUCCUGAACAUCAUCUCUGCUAACAAGAUAACAAGCAACAUCCCUAUCGUUUUCCCCCCAUCACUAUCAUUAUCACCCUUUCUUUCUUUCUUCAUUACUAAUAUUCUACUCAUUAUCACCCCCUAACACUACUGUUGCUGUUACUUUGUUACUUCAGUGCUAAUCACGCUAGAAGCUGUCGGGUGAGGCAUCUCUGCUCCCUUUAUUUCUCAGCUUUCUUGCCUAUGUGUGUUACGCACAUGAGCAGGUUUUGCCACCAUCGUCGAUCUGGUUGCUGUACCUUGUCCAGAUAUCCUUCCAAGACCGGCCGUAUGUUUCGAAUGAUUUUAUACCAGCUUUUUCCACCACUGAGAAAGCAUUUACUUUUCGCAAGAGAAAAACAUCAUGACAUCGAUGAUCUGGAAAUGCAAAUGGUGCGGUACAAGCCUGAGGGGCUGGAUGUACUGUGCCGAAACACAAAGUUUUCCAGGAAAGAACUACAGAUAAUGUACAGGGGAUUCAAGCAGAGUAUUGCUGGUCGUACAAUGGAGUGUCCGACAGGUAUAGUGAACGAAGAUACAUUUAAGGACAUUUAUGCUCAAUUUUUUCCUCAAGGAGAUUCCAGCAAUUAUGCACAUUAUGUAUUCAAUGCAUUUGACCAUGACCAUAGUGGCUCAGUUAAUUUUGAGGAAUUUGUCAUGGGGCUUUCAGUAUUAUCUCGAGGCACAUUGCAAGAAAGACUUCAAUGGGCGUUUAAUCUCUAUGAUAUAAAUGGAGAUGGGAUAAUUACAAAAGACGAAAUGAUGGAUAUAGUAUCUGCAAUAUAUGAAAUGAUGGGCCGUUUUACUGAGCCUUCUGUGGAUGAAAAUACGGCAAGAGAGCAUGUUGACAGGGUUUUUUCAAAAAUGGAUCUAAAUAAAGAUGGUGUUAUAUCACUCGAAGAAUUUAUGGAUACAUGUCGGACAGACCCAGUUGUAGUUCAGUCUCUUGCAGUUCUUGAUACUGAAAUUAUGAUCUGACUUCAACAAAAUAAAUGGAUGAAAACAUCACCAAAGGCAUGGCCAUAUUUGAUACAGUUCUUUGACAAAUUCCAGCAUAAAAUGUACAUAAAACCAAACACCAAUAAUGAAAAUCUCAUGUUGCAGUCUUUUCUUUUAAAUUAUUCAGACAUGUAAAUACAUUUAAUUAAAUGUUCUCAAAAUAUUUUUGGGGAACAAUAUGCACAGAACAUUAUAAUAAUGAAACAGGGAAAUAUCUUCCUACAGAUUGAAGUGGUGGAAUAUCAAAGAUUUAUGCAAAGAAAGCAUAAAAUAUAUGCAAAAGAAAAAAAAAAGAAGACAAACAAAGAGAAAGAGAGAUGGAAGACUUCAGAAAGAAAUAAAACGACAUGAGCUGGCAAAAAAAAAAAAAAAGUUUCAUGAAAUCCUAUAUAUACAUCACUACUGUAUAUCACAGCAAAAUAACUCAAUUCUAAUUUCCAUUUCACGAAGUGACCACAACAAAA